AACUACCCGAUUAAAAGAUUGUUUAAGCUUUUACAUGUGUAUACUGUGCAGUAUAUGCCUACUGCCUAGUAUAGAAUAGCUAAACAUAAACAAAUAUUGACGUUUUCAUUGGUGGGAAUUGAUUCACACUACAAAUAAUCUUGCUGCAAGUUUCCUUAUUAUCAAAACAUUAAGACCUGACUUAUAAUCAGCUGGAAGAGGAAGACUUUUUUUUGUAACUCAGGUGUGAGUUGAUAAAAUAUAAACAUGUUGUUUGAGCCGAUUCCAUACAGCUUCUACACACCAGGCACAUCCUACUUUUGGGUACACAUUGGUCUUGUCAUUCUAGGCUUUGUUGUAGCUCUAGCAACAUUGAUAGGACAGUGGUUGAAACCAGCCCCAUAUGGAAGACAUGAUAGAACAGAAACAAACUGGGGUCCCAUGAUUCCUCAGCGCCUUGGACACAUCUUGUCAGAUGCCAUACCUGGAGUUCUAAUGUUUUCAUUGGUGUUUUUCCUCUAUAGCAAAGAAGAUGUUAACAAAGGAGUUCUUAAUUAUGUUUUCUUUGCUAUGUUCCUUACCCACACAGUUCAUAGAGGAAUCAUUCACCCACUUACUAUGAGGUACAAGAACCCUAAAGUUGCACUGGGAAUAACGCUGGGAGGUGGCAUUCCCAAUAUCUUGUACCACUGGAUCAAUGCUGAUCACAUAGGAUCAGCUGGCUAUUACAGUACAUACUAUUAUGACCCAAGAUUUAUCCUAGGUUUGAUCCUCUUUAUAUCAGGCUUUGUUAUCAACCGCACGUCAGACUGGAAGUUGAGAUCACUCCGAAAAACUAAAGGUCACAGCAAUACCAAUUUUAUUGAGGGGGAUGGCAGUAAAGGAUACUAUAUACCACAUGGUGGCUUGUUUGAACUGGUGUCAUGUCCAAACUAUUUUGGAGAGCUUGUCCAAUGGAUCGGAUGGACUUUAGCAACAUGGUCUUUAGCUGGACUAGUGUGGACAUGUUUUUCUGCUGCAACAUUUGUGGCAAGAUCUCGACAUAAUCAUCUCUGGUACAAAGACAACUUUCAAGACUACCCUUCACACAGGAAGGCUUUGAUACCAUUUAUAUUUUAGACAAAUCUCUUAUGUUUUCAAUUGCUGCUCAGUUUAUUAUUAUCUAAAUAUAUUUUUCUUCCUAAUGUGAUUUCCAUCUUAGUAACAUUGAUGCCAUUUUAUAUGCAAAUAUAUUUUUAUUUAGCAAAUAUUCAUGCCAGUUUGUAUGCAAAUAUAUAUUUUACAUCCAUAAUAUGUCAUUACUAUUUUAGUAAAUAGUUAUACUAGUUUUUAUGUAUAUGUAUUUUUUAAUUCAUAUGCCAUUAUUAUUUGAUUAAAGAUUUAUACAAGUUUGUAUGCAAAUAUAUUUUUGAAUCCAUCAUAUUUCAGGAUUUAUACCAGUUUAUACUAACCUUUAUCAACUUCACUGACUUGUGUCAUAUUGUUGUUGAAUACUAUAUGUCAGGAGUCUCCAAACUACGGCCCGCGGGCCGCAUCCGGCCCGCGAGGUGCUCUCAUCCGGCCUUCGGAGAUCUUUUAGUCCACGGAAAAAAAUGUUUGUUGUAGGUGGCUGAGGAAAAAUGCCACCCCAAUGAGAUGCCUGGAAGAAACUCCUGGCCCCCCCAACUUAUAUUUGAUAGUUAAUAUGUUAUAAUAUUUUUCAACAUUAUAUUUUUUACUUAAACAAUGCUACUCUCAGUUUUAUUAUACUGUAUUAACUAUUAAAAUUGUGAAAAGGAAUUAAAAUGUUUAGAUUAUAUUUUCUAUACCAGCUUGAAGUGUUUGUAAGGUUAUGAUUAUGUAACAUUAUUUAUACAGCAAGGUAACUUGAAGUUGUAAGGAAAAUAGUAAUGUGAAAUAUGUCAAGAUGUACCAUCCUCUUUCUUUGAAAUAUCUUUAAAAUUUUUGUGUAGCAUUUAUCCAUAUUGAUCCGGCUUUGUUCCAUUUAGGUAUAUUUAAAGUUCACUUAUCAAGGCCACAACCUUUAACUGGU